CACAGUUUUUUUUUUCAUUCUCACUGACAUUUCUACUCCGAGCGGGAUUCAAACGUGACACACAAUCUGGACUCAUGAGAUCUUUUAAAUGUAUUCAAUCGCAAGGGCUUGAAAAAGCAGGAUAUUGAUUAGAAAUCAGAAAUAUCCCGGGAAUUUCCUCUCAGACAGAGGAACGCUGGAAAAACACACAUUCUGAGAAGAAAUUGCUAUUGGAGACCAAUUGUUUAUUUCCCAGUUUCACCAGUUUGCUCGGAAGGGCGCAGGCGGUGGAGCAGAAUGCCUCAAAAAGGAAUGAUCUAAAUAGUCAGACGCGAAUGAAGGGCUAAAUUGUUUUAAUCGGACAGUCAACUCUGUUACCAGAAUACCAUAACCAACCCACGUGGGAAUCAGGAGUGGCGUCCAUGAUGCAAAACAGUCACAGUGGCGUCAACCAGCUCGGUGGGGUGUUUGUGAACGGCAGACCGUUACCGGACUCCACCAGACAGAAGAUCGUCGAACUCGCUCACAGCGGAGCGCGACCCUGUGACAUCUCCAGGAUUCUGCAGAGCCAUGAUGAUGCAAAAGUCCAACUGGACAAUAAGAACGUGUCCAAUGGGUGUGUGAGCAAGAUUUUGGGGAGAUAUUAUGAGACAGGCUCCAUCCGACCGCGAGCCAUCGGAGGCAGCAAACCGAGGGUAGCGACGCCUGAAGUGGUCGGCAAAAUAGCUCAGUACAAGAGGGAGUGUCCCUCGAUCUUUGCCUGGGAAAUUCGGGACAGGCUGCUGUCUGAGGGGGUGUGCACCAACGAUAACAUACCGAGCGUGUCGUCGAUAAAUCGAGUCCUACGCAACCUGGCUAGCGAAAAGCAACAGAUGGGUGCAGAUGGCAUGUACGACAAACUGAGAAUGCUCAACGGGCAGAGCGGCACGUGGGGGACACGCCCGGGAUGGUACCCUGGUACAUCUGUGCCAGGACAACCAAAUCAAGCAGAUGGUUGCCAGCAACAGGACAACGGAGGCGAGAACACUAACUCCAUUAGCUCAAACGGCGAGGAUUCAGAUGAGACUCAAAUGCGCCUGCAACUGAAAAGAAAACUGCAAAGAAACAGAACGUCGUUCACGCAGGAGCAGAUCGAAGCCCUGGAAAAAGAGUUUGAAAGAACCCACUAUCCAGAUGUUUUCGCAAGAGAAAGACUUGCAGCAAAAAUCGACCUCCCAGAAGCUAGAAUACAGGUAUGGUUCUCAAACAGAAGAGCGAAAUGGAGAAGGGAAGAGAAGCUGAGGAACCAGCGACGACAAGCCAGCAACUCCUCCAGUCACAUUCCCAUCAGCAGCAGUUUCAACACUAGCGUCUACCAGGCAAUCCCACAACCCACCACUCCUGUGUCCUUCACAACAGGGUCAAUGCUAGGCCGAUCAGACACGGCUCUGACCAACACGUACACGGGUUUGCCUCCGAUGCCCAGCUUCACAAUGUCUAACAACCUGUCUAUGCAACCAAGCCAGACAUCUUCCUAUUCCUGCAUGCUGCCCACCAGUCCGUCCGUGAAUGGGCGAAGCUACGACACAUACACACCCCCUCAUAUGCAGGCACACAUGAACAGCCAAACAAUGGCAACUUCUGGUACCACCUCAACAGGACUCAUCUCCCCAGGAGUAUCUGUCCCUGUCCAAGUUCCCGGAACUGAGCCAGACAUGUCUCAGUAUUGGUCAAGAUUACAGUAAAGAAAAGAGUUACUUCGCCCUUUGACUUCCACACAGAGACUAAGAGAGAAGCUGGACCUCUGCAGCAGUAUUUCCACAAACACACAGACAUACACAAAUACCAGGACGGGGAACCGUGUGGACUCUUGUCACGGUCUGGAAACUUUGCGGCACUACCUUUAAGAGGAACAGCGGACGCUUAUACUUAAUGGAACAAAAACAACAAACCUCUGCUACAUCCACGAUCUCCAUUUUUAUUUUUUUCGUAUUUGUACAUUGGCAUUUACAAGUAAAGACGAAAAGACAAUUCAACAGCCAAAAAUAUGUUGGUCUCGCAUCCAUUUGAAUUAGCGGAGAACCAUAUUUUGUGACUGUUUUCUAAUGUCAGGAUUACGGAUCAGACUUCAGGCCCAUAUCAAAGCAGCGAAGCAGAAACAUACUGGCAGGAAAUGCCUAUUCGUAAAUAUUUUCAACCCACAACGGCUUCAAUUAAUAACACUACUGUAUCAAGGAACAACAGCCAUUAUGUAAAUUACUGAGGACUUUAUAAUUACGUACAUGGGUUUGGAGUUGGGUAAACGGUGCAUGAUCAUUUAUAACUGUGACGUCAGAGGAACGGGAAGUUAUAAUACGGUAGAGUUUGCAAUCAAAAUAACAUUCAUCCAUUUUGCUUCUGUCCAAUUGUAAGUAUUUGUUCUCCCUAGAAGUUCCCUCACGGGAUUAUCGCAGAACAUAAAUAUAUUUCUCACUUUUAUUGCCCCCGAGAAAAAAUCUAUAAAUGUUUUAUACGGAUUUUCAUGCAUAGUACAAAAAAACGGGGUGGGGGGGUGGGGGACAUGUCUUUAGGUCAGGUACAAGUUGUCUAUUAGGUAUAGUUGUAUUAUAGUGUCCUACGGUCAAAUAAUUUUGUGAGACUAGAAAUAUUUAAUUCCGAUAAUUAUGAUUAAAAAUGCUUGACAGAGUAAAAAAAUAAAUAAAUAACAAAAAACGUAAGUGUUUGGCAGUUGUUUACAAGUACAUAUCAGACUUUAACCAUUGUUGAUUGUAAAAACAGACCAAAGCCUUUGUAUUUCAUCUAUUACACAACAAUCUUAAUCUUCUCUUUUUUUAUCGUUAGUCUUGUGUUGCGAAACAUUUUGUAAAGGAAAAAAGUUGUUUUACAUUCUAGUACACUAGCUUCGACUAUAUAUGGCUGCGGCUUAAUCAAGCAGUCCUUUAUUUAUGAUCGACAACCAUUUGUGGAUUUAAAAACAUGUUGACAUCUCUUGAAUUCUGCUUUUUUUUUUUGUUGUGUACCUUAAACAUGAACACUUGUAACGGUUUUUGUGUCAGAGCAAUGCUUUGGAAAACGAAAGGUCUUACCCUGUCUUGCAGAUAUUUCAAUUUAACUUUAUUUAAAAGCUUUCUAAAUGUAUUUUGUGAAAACUAUUAAAAACAUUUUGUACAGUA